GGAGAUUCAAAUUUACUGCCAGUGCCAAUUAAUAGUUGAAUAGAGCCUUAGUUGGGUUAUAUUUCCACCACAGACAAUUAUUAUUGUUCUCCGGCUCUCGAUUUUUGCCGAUUUUGUUUCAUAUUUAGUAGCUCAAUACAUUUUUUAAAUUAUUAUUAUUUAAUAGUCGCUAAAAUCAAGCCCUUAUGUAAUUAUCUUACGUAAUGAGUGUAUCUUAUAUAAUGAAUGUAUACUUUUGUAUUUUAAAUGGCUUCACCUUAUGUUUAAAUACAAAACAAUAAAGAGUGGAAGAAUACGUAUUAUUUCAAAAAGAGUGCUAAGGGUUAAAUCCUAUCUUAACUGAUUAAUUAAACUUCACGUCCGGGACAAUGAAAUAACAACUUUAUUAUCUUGGAUACGUUUAGUGGAAUACAACCAUGACCUUGGAGACUACCAUAUUAUAGUAAAUAACACAAAGUAACCAGACUAGGCAUUGGCUAAAAAAAAUAGAGCGGUCGGUCGGUAGGUAUUCGCUCGGUGAUCUAUUCUAAUCGCCCAAUUGGCCCAAUCGAUUUAACACAAUAAGAAAUACAAGAAACCCUCCUUAUGAAGACUAGUACUCAAAUAUUGAAAAAGCUGCGGUCGUGUGUAUAUGUCUGCACUGGUGGUUUUGGUUUAUUUUCAGCCUAUAAUCUUUACCAAGAAAAUGAAAAAUUUUAUGAGAAUUUUGUUAUACCAGGACUUCAUAAUCUUAAUCCUGAAACAGCACACAAUGUGGGGGUUUUAACAUCUAAAUUUAAAUUAUUGCCAAGAAGCAGAUAUAUUGAUAGCCAAGCAUUAACAACUGAAGUUUGGGGUCUGAAGUUCAAAAACCCUGUUGGUAUGGCAGCUGGUUUUGAUAAACAAGGAGAAGCAGUGGAAGGUUUGCAUGAUAUUGGUUUUGGAUUUGUUGAAAUUGGUUCCGUGACCCCUAAUCCACAACCUGGAAAUGAAAAACCUAGAGUUUUUAGGCUUGUAGAAAAUUCAGCAAUUAUAAAUAGGUAUGGAUUUAACAGUGAUGGGCAUGACAAAGUGUAUGAGAGACUACAAUCUUUGAAACAAAAUGAGUCGUUCAGAGGAGUCAUUGGUGUUAAUUUGGGAAAAAAUAAAGACUCGAUAGAUCCAGUUGAUGAUUAUAUUAAAGGUAUUGAAAAAUUUGGACAUGUUGCUGAUUACAUUGUCAUUAAUAUUUCAAGCCCUAACACUCCAGGGCUCCGAGAUUGGCAGAGGAAGGAGCAGCUUGAGGAACUUCUGAGGAAAGUGUUAAUUGCUAGAAACUCAUUAAGAGAUGUGGUCAAACCUCCUCUUCUGCUCAAAUUAGCUCCAGAUUUAAGUUCACAAGAGAAGAAGGAUAUUGUGGAAGUUUUAACAAAACCAGAGUGCCAUGUGGAUGGUCUGAUAAUCUGCAACACCACAGUAGGUCGCUCGCCUGAUCUGUCUGGACCUCAUGCUCAAGAGACAGGUGGUCUCAGUGGACGACCACUGUCUAUCCUCUCUACUCAACUUAUCUCUGAAAUGUACACUGCUACUAAAGGUAAAAUACCAAUUAUAGGGGUUGGCGGCAUAUUUACUGGAGAAGAUGCAUACAAAAAAAUUUUGGCUGGAGCCAGUCUCAUCCAACUGUACACAGCGUUCACCUAUCAUGGCCCUCCUCGGGUAACACGCAUCAAGAAGGAACUUGAACAUUUACUUCAACAAGACGGCUACAGUUCUAUUGCUGAUGCUGUGGGGAAAGGUGUGUAAAUAGAUAAUUGAAUAGUACAAAUCCUAGUUACCACUGCUCUUAAGAGUGUGCAUUUUUGUUUGUUAAAGUGAACUGUCUGUUUUGUACUUACUGUAUAGUUUUAAGAAAAAUCUUAUAUUGAUCCUUAACAGCUUCACAUUUUUUACUGUAACUUGUUGUAAUUACUGUUAGCAUAAUAAUAAAUAUUUUAGUAUCAAUUUUCUUAUUAAUUUAGGAUUACUAAUUAUUUCUAUUGUUAUACAAAAAUAGAUAAUGUAAAUAAAAGUGAUUUUUAAUGAG